GAGGGAAAAUUUUUGGGGGGAAACCAAAAAGGAGAAGUAGAAAAAAGAGAGGGAGGGAACGCUUGUCCCUGGAAACUAGGGCAAAUUAAGAAAAGGAGAAUCGGACGGACGAUCUCGGAAUUCGUCUCAGAUCUCCUGGCAAUUAAAGCAGUUGGGUUGGCUAGGAACGGCUCCCCAAUUGUGGUUCUAUUUUCUUUUGGAGUUUAGUUGCUUAAGAGAUUUAAGAUGGCAGAGAAAGAGAAAGAGAAGGAUGAAGAGGUUGCAGAGAUUUCAUCCAAUGGUGAUGUUAUGAAAGAAGAGAAAAAUGUCACGGUCUUAGAGAAGCCUGAAGAGUGCAGUAAGGAAGAGGUGGUUGAUGAAGAAAGCAAGGAGAUAGUGAAAGAUGUGAAGGAGGGAGAAGAUGACACAAAUGAGGCAGUUGAAAAUGAUCAGAAUGGAAAGGAGGGCAAUGAUAUGGAGAAUGUAGAGGAGGAGGAUAAAGAGGAGGAGGAAACAAAGAAACGGAGGCGAGGUGUUUCUAAAUCCAAGGAAAAGGACAAAAAAGAGAAAGAGAAGGACAUCAAAGAGGCAAAGAAGGAAAUAAAGGCGAAGAGGAUUAGGAAGAGGAAAGAACCUGGUACACCUGCAGCUACUACCAUUGGACGUCCAACCAGGGAAAGAAAAUCAGUUGAGCGGUUUGUCAUCUCCAGUGAAAAGGAGUUAUCAAAGGAGUUCUUGAUUGAGAAGGGCCAUGGAACUCAACUGAAAGACAUACCAAACGUUGCAUAUAAAUUAUCUAAAAGAAAGGCUGAUGAUGUGUUGAAAAUGUUGCACACUAUGCUUUUUGGAAGGCGUGGGAAGAAUUUUCACAUUAAAAGCAAUAUUUCUCAGUUUUCAGGAUUUGUUUGGGGUAAUAAUGAGGAAAAACAGAAAACCAAAUUGAAAGAGAAGCUUGACAAAUGUUUCAAGUCAAGGUUGCUGGAGUUCUGUGAACUGCUGGAUAUGCCAGCAAAGGUCACAGAUAAAAAGGAAGAUCUUGUUGUUAGACUGUUGGAGUUUUUGGAGGCUCCACAUGCUACAACAGAUGUUUUACUUGCAGAAAAGGAGAAGUCAAGCAAAGGCAAGAGGCAGAAGAGGGUUGUUAGAAGGUCUUCUAGCAAGUCACCUAGUUCAUCUGGGAGGGGCUUGAAGCAGAAGGAUGAGGACUCUCCAAAAGUAAGAAGGAAGAGAAAACCAAAGGAGGCAAAAGAAGAUGACCACAGCGAUGAAGGUGAAGAGCAGAAAGAUGAGGAAGAACAGGAAGAUGAAUCACUUGGAUCUGAAGGUGAUGCUGCUGAGGAGUCCGGAGAAAGUGACCAGGAGGAUGCAGAAGAGAAAUCUGAGGAUGAGGGCACUAGAAAAGGUAAGAGUGCGAAGAAAGUUUCAAAGAAAUUUCCAGAGAAAGCUGCAACAACAAAAGCCAGAAAAUUGAAGAACGCCACCACUUUAAAAGUUCCUAAAAGCCCUUCAAAAUCUUCUUCAAAGCGUACAAAGACAGAGGAGAAGCCUAGCUCUAAGGCAAAGGUUUUCUCAAGAAAGAAGAGUGAUACUAAAAAGGAAGACAAGUCCUCAACGCCUCAAAAAAGGAAAAGAGAUGAUAAAGGGGAAGAUAAGCCUUCGGCUUCAAAAAGGGGAAAGAAGAGUGAUAAUAAAAGGGAUGAGAAGCCCUCAACUUCAAAAAGUCCUCUUCCCAAUGGGAAGACAGGCAAGAGGACUUCUAAAGCAAAAGGUGGGACAGACAAGAAGGAUAAAGCUGGUCCUACUGAGGAGGAGCUAAGGAAGGCGAUUUGUGACAUUUUGAAGGAAGUUGAUUUUAAUACCGCUACUUUCACCGACAUUCUUAAACAAUUAGCCGCCCAUUUCAAGACCGACCUAAUGCCGCGGAAAGCAGAGGUAAAAGGCAUGAUCCAGGAUGAGCUAACUAAACUUGCAGAUGAUGCUGAUGAUGAAGAUGAUGACGAUGCUGAGGAAGGAGAUGAAGGAGAUGUCGAUGAGGAAGAUGACAAGUAAAUGUCAUUCACCUGUAAUCAUGCUUAUUGAAGUUGCAUGUGUACUUUUUUCUGGUUUUGCUUGACCAUUCCUAAUGGCACUAACCUAGGAAGCUACCUGUUUUUUCUUGUUUUUCUAGUUUGAACUAUUCUGGAUCAGGUUGAAAUGGGGACAGGCCUGGAUACCUAAAUAUUGACAUGUUCCAUGUAUUAAUAGCAUUGUAUGAUGCAUUUUUUCCA